GCCCCCUGCUUUGCAUAUUCAUGAGGCCCGGGGGCCGCUCCCAGCCUGGGCGAGCGGCCGUGCGGGGCUGCAGGGACCGGCCCGCCACCGCCCCGCGGCUCCCUGCACCGGCCCCUGCUGCACCCCGGCCCCCAGCGCCCGGCAACCGGCCCCCCGCUGCACCCCGGCCCCCAGCGCCCGGCAACCGGCCCCCCGCUGCACCCCGGCAACCGGCCUCCGGCUGCAUCCCGGCACCCAGCGCCCGGCAACCGGCCUCAAGCUGCAUCCCGGCAACCGGCCCCCCGCUGCAUCCCGGCGCCGGGUACCAGCCUGGCCCCGGCUGGGAGGCCCCUGCCCGGACUGGAUUCCCGAGCUGCGGGGGGGGUUUGCAUUCGCCAUCUGGACCUUUAACCCCAGGGAGCGUGGGGGAGGGGUCUGACGCCCCCCUCCCCCGUCCCAGGGAGAUUUGGCCCGAUCCUGAGCGGGCCCCCUCCCCGGGGGCAGAGCUGGGACCGUGGGGGGUGUCCAGAACCGGUACCCGAGCCCCCCCCUCCCCCGGAUGGACGGCUGGCGGCUGUUGCUCCUGCGCAGCGACCUUCCCCGCUCCUGAACGACCCCCGCCCUUCCCGUGCCAGACGCUGCUUUGGGGUCAGUCAGAAGGGGCAGCCCCCCCCCCCCGCUUCCUGUAUCAGCACCGAGCUAAAACCCUGGCGUGGCUCAGGUCCCCUGGCUCUGGGGAGACGCAGCUCCCCCCCUCCCCCAUUGCCUGACCCUCCCCCCCCCAGCACUGCUUCGAAACUCAGCCCCUCUGACCUCCAGUCCAGCCUGGAUGUUUCACCCCCCCCUUCCCAGCCUGAGACGAACCCCGGAUAGGGAGGAGUGAGGCGCUGGCACUUGGGGGUGCUGCCGGGGUACAGCAUCGCAGCAGCCGGAGGGGAGAGCUCCUGGCACUCGGAUCCCCCCGAUCUAUCCCGGCUCAGCCUCAGGACCCCCCCCCCCCCAGCUGAGAGGUCGGAGCCAGCAGGGACGGCUGAGCCCUGGCAUUAGCCAGCUUGGCCCCCAACCCACGACCUGAGCCCAGCUGCCGGACCCCUGCCCAGCCCGACGCUCCUGAAGGUCUAUGGCUUGCUGGAACUAAAGCGUGAGCCGGGCCCCCUGACGGCGCCAUGGAGCGCCUGCUGCUCUACGCCCUGGCCCUCUGCCUGGGCCCCUCCCGCGCCCAGCUGUGCCCCCCCCGCUGCACGUGCCAGAACCUGUCCCCCUCGCUGGCCGUCCUGUGCGCCCGCGCCGGGCUGCUCUUCGUGCCGGGGCUCCUCGACCGGCGCACGGCCGAGCUGCGGCUGACGGACAACUUCAUCGCGGCUGUGCGGCGCCGGGACUUCGCCAACAUGACGCGGCUGGUGCACCUGACCCUCUCCCGCAACGCCAUCCGCCAGCUGGCGCCCUUCGCCUUCGCCGACCUGCGCGGCCUGCGGGCUCUCCACCUGGACGGCAACCGCCUGCCGGCCAUCGGGGCCCAGCAGCUCCGGGGCCUCCCCAACCUGCGCCACCUCAUCCUGGGCAACAACCAGCUGCAGGCCGUGGCGCCCGGCGCCUUCGACGACUUCGCCGGCACCCUGGAGGACCUGGACCUGUCCUACAACAACCUGGCCCGGCUGCCCUGGGAGACCAUCCGUCGCCUUAGCAACGUCAACUCCCUCAGCCUGGACCACAACCUCAUCGCCCACGUGCCCCAAGGCGUCUUCGCCGACCUGCACAAGCUGGCCCGGCUGGACGUCACCUCCAACCGGCUGAAGAAGAUCCCCCCGGACCCACUGUUCCUCCGCCUGCCUGUCUACGCCAAGGCGAAGGGCUCGCCCCUCUCCUCCCUGGUGCUCAGCUUCGGGGGCAACCCCUUGCACUGCAACUGCGAGCUGCUGUGGCUCCGGCGCCUGGCGCGCGAGGACGACCUGGAGACCUGCGCCUCGCCACCCGAGCACCUGGGCAAGUCCUUCUGGAGCGUCCCCGAGGAGGAGUUUGUCUGCCAGCUGCCCGUCAUCACCCACCACACGGGCCGGCUGGCGGUGACGGAGGGCCAGGCGGCCACCUUGCGCUGCCGCGGAGCGGGCGACCCCGAGCCGGCGGUGCACUGGCUCUCUCCGGAGGGGAAGCUGGUGGCCAGCGGCUCCCGGACGCUGGCCUACGAGAACGGCAGCCUGGAGAUCCUGGUGGCCGCCGUCCAGGACGCCGGCGCCUUCACCUGCGUGGCUUCCAACGCCGCCGGCGAGGCCUCCGCCUCCGUGGAGCUGCAGGUCAGCCCCUUGCCCCAGCUCGCCGACGGCACCCGCCCCCCGGCGCCCGGGCCCUCCGAUAUCCUAACCUCGGCCAAGGCGGGCGCCGGUGGGAGCGCCGCCCCGCAGGACCGGGGGGUCCUGGCCUCUGAGCUCUCGGCGUCCUCUGCCCUCAUUCGCUGGGUCCCGCCGCGGCCCGGGCCCGGCGUCCGCAUGUACCAGAUCCAGUACAACAGCUCCUCUGACGAGACCCUGGUGUACAGGAUGAUCCCCCCGCCCAGCAGGGCCUUCCUGGUGAAGGACCUGGCGGCGGGGCGGGCCUACGACCUGUGCGUGCUGGCCAUCUACGACGAUGGGGCGACGGCGCUGACGGCCACCCGCCCCCUGGGCUGCGUCCACUUCAGCACCCGGCCCGGCUCCCCGCAGUGCCGCUCCCUGCACGCCCACUUCCUGGGGGGCACCAUGAUUAUCAUCAUCGGCGGGAUCAUCGUCGCCUCCGUCCUGCUCUUCAUCAUCAUCCUCAUGAUCCGCUACAAGGCCCACGACGGGAACAAGCAGGCCAAGGUCAGCAACGUCUAUUCCCAGACCAACGGCGGGCAGCCCCGGGCGCAGGAUGGGGCCGACGACAGAGCCCGGGAACAAAACGGGGUGGCCCUGAGGAAGGACUGCGAGAAGGGGCUGGCCACCCGUGGCCAAGAGGCGGGCGCGGGGGAGACACCCUCUCCCAGGAGGAGGAAGUGGUCAAGGACUAACCUAGAUCUCCGCCGCAAGUGCCCCACGCCCGGCCAAGCCGGGGAACAAGCGCCCCCGGAGGCCGUGCCCCCCCCGGGUGAGAGGAGACAGGCUGGCGAAUGGACCGAUGUGAAGAUCUGAGCAUCUCACCCAGCAGGAGUGUGGCCGAGCCUUCGGGGCACCCUCAGGUAUCCCCAUGGUCACCGGAACCAGUGGGGCCCCCCUCCCUACCCCCGCAGGGUUCCCAUUUCACGCCCCCCACCCAGCAGCCGGACCAUAUGGGACCCUGGGAGCCAGACUGUGCCCCUUCCCCCCCUCCCCCCACAGAGCGGGGCCUGUGAGGGGGUGUGCCCAGACAGGCGGGCUUUUGCAGGACCCCGUUUCUCCAGGGGAUGGCGCCGCCCACCCCUGCCCUGGCUCAGGGUUUGUCCCGGGCCCACGUGGCUGGCCCCAUGCUUGGGGGGGGGGGGGCGCCUCCUGCUACCCCCCCGCCGAACUCCUGCUCUUGCCUGCAGCCCCAGCAGCUGUUUUUCUAUGACACCCCCCCCACACACAAGUUUUCAAACAGUGU